GGAUUGUGUCUGUCAGUGUAGCACUCAGGGAAGCUUCAUUAGGCGUCAGUGGGAGGUAAGGCUGUGACUCACGCCUGCGUGGAGAGACCAAUGGGCAGCCGGAGAUAUAAAUAACGAAUAAAAAAAAAUAUUCUUAAGGGAGAAAAAGGGGUCACUUGCGCGCGGCUGGAUGGGAUUUUAUUAGUGCUGUUCCGCCCUCGCUGGAACCGGACUGUGUCUUUUUCGAACCUUUAUUUGGCGAAUAACAUCCUAUAGUUCCACUUCCUCUGGACUCGACAACCUGUGAGCCGCUGAAUUCUUUUUCCCCCAUCUGGAGAUAAGACAACACAGGAGUGAUGGCCACGUCUGAGCCGAGAGCCACCGGCGGGGACCAGGACCCCAACUCCGCCAAUUUAAGACUUCCGUCCGCAACUAACGAAUAUGCGUGGAUGCACGGAUGCACACGGAAACUGGGGAUGAAGAUUUGUGGUUUCCUGCAGAAGAACAACAGCAUGGAGGAGAAGGGGAGACUCUCCGGGCAGAAGAACUUGCUCUCGUGCGACAACAGUGACAGGGACGCGCGCUUCCGUCGCACUGAGACCGACUUCUCCAACCUGUUCGCCAGAGACUUGCUGCCGGCCAAAAAUGGAGAAGAACCUACUAUUCAGUUCCUGCUGGAGGUGGUCGACAUCCUCACCAACUACGUCAGGAAGACUUUCGAUCGCUCCACCAAGGUGCUGGACUUCCACCACCCUCACCAGCUCCUGGAAGGCAUGGAGGGCUUCAACCUGGAGCUGUCCGACCAGCCAGAGUCCCUGGAGCAGAUCCUGGUGGACUGCAGGGACUCGCUCAAAUAUGGCGUCCGGACAGGUCACCCACGCUUUUUCAACCAGUUGUCCUCUGGUCUGGACAUCAUCGGUCUGGCUGGAGAGUGGCUCACCUCCACUGCCAACACCAACAUGUUCACCUACGAGAUCGCCCCAGUGUUUGUGUUGAUGGAGCAGCUGACUUUGAAGAAAAUGAGAGAGAUGAUUGGUUGGCCCGGUGGAGAGGGAGACGGACUCUUUUCACCAGGGGGUGCAAUCUCCAACAUGUACAGUGUGAUGAUCGCACGUUACAAGUAUUUCCCAGAGAUCAAGACCAAAGGCAUGUCUGCUGCUCCCCGCCUCGUCCUCUUCACAUCUGAACAUAGCCACUACUCCAUAAAGAAGGCAGGGGCUGCUCUGGGCUUUGGUACGGAGAACGUGAUCCUGCUGAGCACGGAUGAGAGGGGUAGAGUCAUUCCUGCAGAUCUGGAGGCCAAGAUCAUUGAUGCUAAACAGAAAGGUUGCGUGCCACUGUUUGUGAACGCCACGGGUGGAUCAACUGUGUACGGCGCAUUUGACCCCAUUAAUGAAAUUGCUGACAUCUGUGAGAAGUACAACCUGUGGCUGCACGUGGACGGUGCAUGGGGUGGUGGACUACUGAUGUCCAGGAAGCACCGCCAUAAGCUCAAUGGAAUUGAGAGGGCCAACUCUGUCACAUGGAACCCUCACAAGAUGAUGGGCGUGCCUCUACAGUGCUCUGCCAUUCUGGUCAGAGAGAAGGGAAUCCUGGCAGGCUGUAACUCCAUGUGUGCCGGCUACUUGUUCCAACCGGACAAACAGUACGACGUCACAUACGACACGGGAGACAAAGCCAUCCAGUGUGGGCGACACGUCGACAUCUUUAAGUUCUGGCUCAUGUGGAAGGCCAAGGGCACCGUUGGGUUUGAGCAGCACAUCGACAAGUGUCUCGACCUUUCUCAGUACCUGUACAACAAGAUCAAGAACAGGGAGGGAUACCAGAUGGUGUUUGAUGGAGUGCCCCAGCACACCAAUGUUUGUUUCUGGUACUUACCACCCAGCCUGAGAGGCAUGCCGGACGGUGAUGAGCGGCGGGAAAAACUACACAGGGUGGCACCAAAAAUAAAGGCCAUGAUGAUGGAGUCGGGCACCACCAUGGUGGGCUACCAGCCUCAGGGCAAUAAAGUCAACUUCUUCCGCAUGGUGGUCUCCAACGCUGCGGUGACCCAGUCUGACAUCGACUUCCUCAUUGAUGAGAUUGAGAGGCUCGGCCAAGACCUGUAGACCUCAGCCUCCAUCGUCACCUGCUGAUAUUUUACCGCUUACAUUUCCAGUGUGAAAUGUCAGAGAGGUGAAACACUCACAGUGCUGCAGACGGAGUGACGCAAGGAUGCGUUUUAUGGUUCUUUCUAUUUGGGUCCAGCUUUGCCUGCAGCAUCAUGGCUGUUUCUCCAACUGAAGAGAGAGUGAUAAAAGCAAUGAGAGAGACCAAGUUUCUGCCCUAUAUAUUUCCUUCUUUAUUGAAAAUAAUAUAAAUGGUAUCUGAAAGCUCCAGGUACAACAAAUAUACCCUAAUGUAUAUAUAUAUAUGUGUGUGUGUGUGUGUGUUCUCAUGCCUGUGUGUGUUUUCUUCAGUGUGUGUGAAUGUGUUUAACAAAUGAAAGGUAGAAAAGCACAGAUAAAAAUAUUACACUAUCAUAAACCAUUCUUUGCUAGACACAGUUGAAUCAUUGGUGAUUUCAGCUGUAAUUACAGUACAUAUAUAUACAUAUAUAUAUAUAAGUUUAAUCAUAGUCCUCAUAGACCUUCUUGUCCAAAACAGGUGUGAUUCCCAGACACAGUGUACGUGCAGGUGUGCAUGUGGCCCACUGAGUGUAUCCAGUUCAUAUAAUUUAGGUUAACACUGUUAAAAAUAAGCUAUUGUGCUCACCAUAGGCACCAGGUGUGUUAAACCGAGAGUUUUCAGGUAACAUGCAACACCCGCUCGUCGGCGUGCAAUAUUUGAUCACGUAGAAGUUUGAGAUUUUAAGUGUCCACGGGUUUGUGGCAACAUUUUUUCGUUGUAAAACGCUGGCUCGUUCUCUGUUUCAUGCAAUCAUGUGAUGCCCAUUAUGUGUUAUUAAUAAUGAUAAUAAUAAUAAGAAUAAGAUUGUUGAGAAUAUUAAUAUUUGAUUAGAAGAAGAACAAAUAUGUAUUUGCAGAUUCAGGUAUUUUUUUGUAAAUGUAUCUUUAUGCGUAUUACAUGGUAAUACAUUUGUAAAUGUUAAUCAUGGGAGGAUUUUGUCAGCCAAAGAAAGAAUCGGGGACAGAGCAAUCCAUCAUACCUUCAUUUAUAACUUCGUACAGGUAAUAGAUGUUUGUAAAUCGUUAACUAUUGACCCUCGACUGCGAUGCAAUUUCUAUUGUGUGUGUUUUUUUCUGUGAUUGUCAGCCGUUCUGACUGAAUGUCUUGAGAUGAUUGACUGGAUUUCAGAGGAGAUUGAAAAUAAAGUCUAUAAUAAUCCUCUGGCAGUCAUAUGUUGGGCUUUUGUUUUAGAGAGAAGCACAAGGAUGAGAAUGUACUGUCCACUUGAGAUUGGAAAGAAAAGAUUGUUGUUUCUGUGUAUAUCCUAAUACAUUUAGUGUAAUAUAGUAUAUUUAUUGUAAUCUGUGUUACCUGUAUUCUCAGUGUUACGGGAACUCAGUGGAAUAUCUUGUAUAAAGAGUUCCCGUUAAAAGUCUUUGCACAAUG